CUCUCUCACACACACACACACACACACUGUCUGUCUUUCCUCAGGGCUGAACUCCAGUGACAUUGUCCAAAAGAAUAAUACAAGCUCUCCCAAAAAUAUGGACGAGGAAGAGGAGGAUCUGAGCGGACUUCACCCCGGAGCGCUGCUGUACCGGUCUGCGGCCCUGCAGAACUUCCCCGUCAUGGCUGACGCUCUGGCUCACGGCGCCGACGUCAACUGGGUCAACAUGGCCGAGGAGUCCAGCACGCCACUGAUACAGGCCGUCUCUGCGAACGCCCUGGCUGCCUGUGAGUUCCUGCUGCAGAACGGCGCCAACGUGAACCAGGCCGACAGCAACGGGAGAGGACCGCUGCACCACGCCACCAUCCUCGGUCACACUGGGCUGGUUUGUCUCUUCUUGAAGCGAGGUGCGGACUACAACGCCAAAGACAAGAACGACAAAGACCCAAUAACUAUCGCCGUGGACAACGCCAACGCCGACAUCGUCACGUUGCUGCGGAUCGCCAAAAUGAACAAGGAGAUGCGGGAGAUGGACGGAGCGUUCGGCCAAUCAGGUGAUGAAACGUACCAGGACAUCUUCAGGGACUUUUCUCACAUGGCCUCCAACAACCCAGAGAAGCUCAAGCGCCGCAGCGCUGACCCCAAAUUUUAACCAGCUGCUGCCCCGGCCUCCUCACCCUCCCGUGUGCAACGCCACAGUUCACACUGCCGCCUCACGUACAGACAAACCUGCCCAACUCAAAUCCACACACACACAGAUACACACUCACUUUCCCUGGCUGCGAUCCACAUGUUCAGUCAUAGCUCAGCUGGUGUUGACUUCAGAGGGGCACACGCUCCGAACAGUGAAUUCUUUGUGCGAGCACGUAAGAGCAGAACAAUUGCGUUGGAGUGGAAACGCCGGAGCAGCUUUAUGAGAGCAGCAUGAGGUGUCUUCAUGUCCAACAGAGGGUGACGCCAUCACUCUGCCAAGAUUUCCUAAUUAAAUCCAGUAAACCUAUUGGGUUUUUUUUUUUUUUUUUCCUCCUCCAUUUCCCCUCAACUUUUUACAUGAGAAGUGAAGAAGGUGAAUUUUUAUCAUCCACUGAAUAAUAAUGUAUGACCAUUUUUACAUUUGAAAGAUUUUUAGACACUGUUCAUUUUGUGAAA